AACUUCCCAGACAUAAUGCACUCUUUAUUUGCUUAGGCUUCAUAUUUUAUUGGAGAUGUGUUUCAGUGCUGCACUUUAAUAAAAUGUGUCAAUCCCUGCGACGACUGCGCCAAUCAAUCAAUCAAAACGCACCACAGUGUGGAUGUCUGGAUGCGGUCAUGUAUGCUGCCCUGUGCAGUUGACAGUGGGUGCUUAUGUAAAUCGCGUGGCCUUCAGGGGGACGUUUCCGCCUUAUCUUGAUCAUCUUUCAUCACAGCUGCAGCUGAACAGACGGAACACCUCGCGCACUGAAAAUGCCCGGACUGCUGCUCGGAGAUGUGUUUCCUGAUUUCGAGGCAGAGACCACCACUGGCAAAAUUAAACUCCACGAAUUUCUCGGUGAUUCAUGGGGAAUCCUGUUCUCCCAUCCGAGAGACUACACCCCUGUGUGCACCACAGAGCUAGGUCGAGCUGCCAGACUGAGCAGUGAGUUCAGUAAACGCAAUGUCAAAAUGAUCGCGCUGUCCAUCGACUUCCUGGAGGAUCACCAUGGCUGGAGCAAGGACAUCCUGGCAUACAACUGUGAGGAGUCUGCCUGCUGCACGCUGCCUUUUCCCAUCAUAGCGGACAGUAAACGUGAGCUGGCAGUGGCCCUGGGCAUGCUGGACCCUGAUGAGAAGGACAAAGAUGGCAUGCCGCUCACUGCCCGCUGUGUAUUUAUCAUUGGCCCUGACAAAAGGCUGAAACUAUCACUCCUCUACCCAGCAACCACUGGGCGCAACUUUGAUGAGAUUUUGCGAGUGGUGGACUCACUCCAGAUCACAGCAGGGAAACGAGUGGCCACACCUGCCGACUGGAAGCCUGGAGACUGUGUGAUGGUCCCUCCCAGCAUGUCUGAGGAGGAGGCUGCCUCUUUGUUCCCAGGUGGUGUCUACACCAAAGACCUGCCCUCUGGCAAGAAGUACCUGCGUUACACGCCCCAGCCAUAAGCACAAGCAGAGACAGUACUGAUAUUCAACACUCGCUUUACAAAAUGUCACACAGACUGUCCUAUGAUCCAGCAGCUCUCAACCCUUGACUUCAAGAACCUUGAGUUCUGAUCACCAGGUAGAAAAACAAGUCAGUGGACAAAUGACAACCAGUGCCUUUUAGAAUAUGUAAGACUUUUUAAAGUUUUUACAGUUAAAAUAAGUUUUAAACAUGUACAGUGUACCAAUAAUAAAAGCUGCAAUGUUGCAGGA